AUGUCACUAGCAGUAAUACAUGUAGUCAUUGCAAUGCAUUCAAGUUUCCUAGAGAAAGUCUUGGAAUGUGUUGCUCCAAUGGAAAAGUUUGAUCAUGAACUUGCUAAUGCAAAUACUGGUGUUUACACUUUUCGUGUUCAAGGUUCAUUCUAUCACAGAAUUGGACAACUACUACCAGAACCUGGAUCUCAACCUCACUAUUUGCAGAUGUAUGUUUGGGAUACUCAACAUGAACUGCACCAUCGAGCAAAUGUUGUUCCUAAUUCCAACCUUAACUCAACUAUUUUACAAUCUUUAAAGGACAUGCUUGAUGAAACAAACCCCUAUGUUACUAAUUUUCGAUACAUUUCUAAUCUACCUGCUGAAAAUAUUGGUAAUCUAUCCAUGGUUAUUCAUGCUGAUAUUCCUGGUCUUGAUCAAAGGACUCACAAUGCCCCAACAGCAUCCCAAGUAGCAGCAAUCUGGAUUAAUGAUGACAUUCCCCAAAAUGUGGUUCAGAAACGUGAUAUUGUAUUGUAUACACAGAUGGAUCAGCUUAUUCACAUCUCUGAGCUUAAUGGAUGCUAUGAUCCCUUGGCUUAUCCACUUUUGUUUCCACAUGGUGAACAGGGAUGGGCUCCUAAUCAAAUUCCAUACAGAGACAUUCUUUCUGCCCCUGAAAUGAUGGAUAUUGAUGAAAAUCCUAAUGAUGAAAAUAAACACAACAUGGAACAUGAGCAUGAUAAUACUGGAAUACGACAUAGGAAAUUUGUGAGUACAAUGGAGUACUAUGCAUAUCGACUUCAGAUUCGGCCCAAUUCCACCAAUCUGCUUUUACAAGCAGGACGGCUUUUCCAACAGUAUGUAGUUGAUAUGUAUGUCAAAAUUGAAUCAGAUCGUUUAAACUUUCAUCGACAGAACCAAAUAAAAAUCCGAAGUGACCUGUACCAAGGUCUUCAAGAUGCAGUCUUGCAUGGUGACAAUAAUCCACAACACAUAGGUCAGAGAAUCCUACUCCCUUCUGUGUUCAUUGGGAGUCCUCGUGACAUGAUGCAGAGAUAUCAAGAUGCAAUGGCCUUGACGCACAUUGGUAGACCUGAUUUAUUCAUAACCAUGACAUGCAACCCAAACUGGCAGGAAAUUCAAAUUCUGUUGCAACCUGGACAAAGGGCUCAAGAUCGACCAGAUAUCACAGCACAGAUUUUUCGAGAGAAAUUUCAAGAGUUAAAGAAAGAUAUUUUUGAAUGUGGAGUCCUUGGACAAGUCAUUGCAUACAUACAUGUCAUUGAGUUUCAGAAACGGGGUCUUCCACAUGCACACAUUUUGGUUAUACUCCACCCAGAAGAUAAACCACAAACUCCUGAUGACUAUGAUAGUAUUGUCUGUGCUGAAAUACCUGAUCCAGUAGUCAAUCCCAAUGUGCAUGCCACAGUUGUUACCAACAUGUUCCAUGGACCAUGUGGAGAGCUUAAUCCCAAUUCACCAUGCAUGGUUGAUGAUGGUACAGGGCACAAACGAUGUUCCAAAGGAUAUCCUAAGCAAUUUAGGGAUGAAACUCUUCAAGGAGAAGACUUCUACCCUGCAUACCGUCGCAGACAAAAUGAUCAUUAUGUUAAAGUAAGAGUAAGAAAUCAAGAAAUCCUGUUGGAUAAUCGAUGGAUUGUCCCUUACAAUAAAUUCCUUUGUGCAAAAUACAAUUGUCAUAUCAAUGUAGAAAUCUGUGCCAGCAUCAAGGCAAUAAAAUAUUUAUUUAAGUAUGUUUAUAAGGGUCAUGAUAGAGCAAUGAUUGAAAUACAAAAUCAGCCAGUUGUAAUUGAUGAGAUUCGAGAUUUUGUUGAGGCCCGCUGGGUUUCAGCUUCAGAAGCUGUCUGGAGGAUCCUGGGAUUUGAUAUGAGUGGAAUAAAUCCUGCUGUCACACGUUUGCAGGUACAUCUUCCCAAUCAACAAAGAGUUAUUUUCAAUGAAGAUGUUAAUUUAGCAGAAGUAGUUGCAACCAGUCGAAUUCAACAAACAUCACUCACUGAAUACUUUAAAAUGAACAAUCAAGAUCCAGAUGCAAGGAACUUGCUCUAUUCUGAUUUUCCCAUGUAUUACACAUGGAAUAAGGCAACCAAAUCAUGGAAGAAACGUCAGCGUGGAGGUUGCAUUGGAAGAAUAUACAUGGCUCAUCCAAGUGAGGGUGAGCGAUAUUAUCUUCGUUUACUGUUAACAAAGGUGAAAGGAGCCAGGAGUUUUGAAGAACUUAAGAUUGUAGAUGGUGUUACUUGUGCCACUUUUAAAGAGAGUGCUCAACGGAGGGGUUUCCUAGAAAAUGACAAUGAAUAUCAACAAUGUAUGGCUGAAGCUAGAGAAUUCCAGAUGCCUAGCCAACUAUGUGAUCUUUUUGCAACAUUAUUAGUCUUUGGAAAUGUUUCAGAUGUACAUCAACUAUGGACUGAGAACCUUGAUGCAAUGGCAGAAGAUUUUGCACAUAAUGGAAUCCCAGAAGGUGAACUCCAAGUUCAGGCAGUUCUUCAAAACUUGAAUAUGUUCCUACAAAGGCAUUCAAAGACUGUAGCUGAUUAUGACCUACCAGAAUUAUCACCAGAAACAAAUGUUUUGGAAUUGCCAAAAACUCUUCUAGAAGAAUUAUCCUAUCAUGUCACCUCAAAUGAUCUUGCAAAAGCAAAUACAUUAAAUGAAGCCCAACAUGCAGUAUUUGUUGAAAUACAGAAUCUCAUAAACCAAAACAAAGGAGGUGUAUUGUUUGUUGAUGGUCCUGCUGGAAGUGGAAAAACCUAUCUCUAUGAUUGCCUCCUUGCCUAUGUACGAGCUAAUAAUAGGAUUGCAUUGGCAGUAGCUUCUUCUGGUAUUGCAUCAUUAUUAUUGCAUGGUGGACGCACAGCACAUUCUCGCUUCAAGGUACCAAUUCCAACAAAUGAAAAUGCAACCUGUAACAUCAAAAAGGGUACUGAUCUGGCUAAAUUACUUCAAGAAACUAUUCUGGUUAUUUGGGAUGAAGCUCCAAUGACACAUCGCUAUGUUCCUGAAGCUGUUGACAGAACAUUAAGAGACAUUAUGGAAAAUGAUCUUCCAUUUGGUGGUAAAAUAUUUUUGUUUGGGGGAGACUUCCGUCAAGUUCUUCCUGUAGUUCGCAAAGGCACAAGAGCCCAGAUUGUCAAUGCUGCUCUCAACAAGUCAUAUCUGUGGCAUUAUGUUCAUGUUUUCACUUUGACAGCCAACAUGCGAGUUGCUCAAACUACCAACUUUGAGGCAAAGGCAUUUGCAGAGUACUUGCUCAGAAUAGGUAAUGGUACUGAACCUACAAUAGAAAACAACUUGAUUCAACUUCCUGAUGAGUUGAUUGUUCACCCAGAAAAUGGCAAAGAUCCUAUUGACUCAUUAAUAGAUACUGUAUAUCCUAAUCUCACUAAAAAUGCUGCCAACAUUACCUUUGUAACAGAAAGAGCAAUAUUGACUCCUUUAAACACCAAUGUUGAUGAAAUUAAUGAACAAGUUAUGACAAAAUAUCCUGGAAAACAGUAUACAUACUAUAGCUUUGACUCAGUGCCAGAAGAUAACUUAAAUCUAUAUCCAGUUGAAUAUCUUAAUUCCCUAACACCUCAAGGCCUUCCUCCACAUGAACUCACUCUAAAAGUUGGUGCUCCUAUCAUGUUACUUAGAAAUUUAGAUCCUAUUAAUGGACUUUGCAAUGGGACAAGGCUUAUCUGCUGGAAACUCUGGACAAGAAUAAUUGAAGCUGAAAUAAUAACAGGGGAUCAUCAAGGAAAGCAUGUAUUCAUAUCUAGAAUUCCUCUCCUAUCAUCUGAAGAUACUGGAUUACCUUUUGUAUUACAAAGAAAACAAUUUCCUGUGCAUCCAGCAUUUGCAUUGACCAUAAAUAAAUCCCAGGGUCAAACACUACCUCAUAUUGGUCUAUACCUUCCACAACCAGUAUUUUCUCAUGGUCAACUGUAUGUAGCUAUGUCAAGG